AUGUCUGAGAGAGGGUCGUUCAAGAAGUACACUCGAAGCCAUAUUGAAGUGUUUUCGGAAGCGAUGACACUUAGUAUGAUUUCGGGAAUUUACACAUGUUUAAUGCUUCAAAUAGCUGCUAAAGUCCUCUUCAAGAAGAUAUGCCAUGAACCAUGUCUGCAAGAUCCAACAGCCGAACAAGCCGUUAGAAAGCAAGAGUAUCAACUACAACGCCAGAAGCCACAACCACGACUACGUCAACUACAACCACGACUGCUCCAACUACAACCACGCUUACAGCAACAACGACAACACCAACUACUACUACUACAACGCCAACUACAACCACAACAACACCAACAACAACCACGACCACGCCAUCUACAACCACGACAACACCAACAACAACCACGGCCACGCCAACUACAACUACGACCGUGCCAACAACAACCACGACCACGCCAUCUACAACCACCACAACACCAACAGCAACCACGACCACGCCAACUACAACUACGACAACACCAACAACAACCACGACCGCGCCAACAACAACCACGACCACGCCAACUACAACCACCACAACACCAACAACAACCACGACCCACGCCAACAACAACUACGACAACACCAACAACAACCACGACCGCGCCAACAACAACCACGACCACGCCAAUUACAACCACCACAACACCAACAGCAACCACGACCACGCCAAUUACAACCACGACCACGCCAACUACAACUACGACAACACCAACAACAACACGACCGCGCCAAAACAACAACCACGACCACCCCAACUACAACCACCACAACACCAACAAACAACCACGACCACGCCAAACAACAACUACGCCCAACACCAACAACAACCACGACCGCGCCAACAACAACCACGACCACGCCAAUUACAACCACCAAACACCAACAACAACCACGACCACGCCAACUACAACUACGACAACACCAACAACAACCACGACCGCGCCAACAACAACCACGACCACGCCAACUACAACCACGACCACGCCAACUACAACCACCACAACACCAACAACAACCACGACCACGCCAACUACAACUACGACAACACCAACAACAACCACGACCGCGCCAACAACAACCACGACCACGCCAACUACAACCACCACAACACCAACAACAACCACGACCACGCCAACUACAACUACGGCAACACCAACAACAACCACGACCGCGCCAACAACAACCACGACCACGCCAACUACAACCACGACCACACCAACUACAACCACCACAACACCAACAACAACCACGACCACGCCAACUACAACUACGACAACACCAACAACAACCACGACCGCGCCAACAACAACCACGACCACGCCAACCACAACCACCACAACACCAACAACAACCACGACCACGCCAACUACAACUACGACAACACCAACUACAACCACCACAACACCAACAACAACCACGACCACGCCAACUACAACUACCACAACACCAACAACAACCACGACCAUGAAAAACUAA